CUCUUUUCUUGUUUUUUUUUCUGUCUUCCAGUCUGGAUCGGAUCUCUAGCGAUUGCAUUAACCUUUCUUCUUGGGCCAUUGGCAUCAGUUCUUUGCAAAGCUAUUACAUGUCGUUUCACCGCUAUUGCUGGAGGACUGAUAUGCGCAGUAGGCUUGAUUCUGACGUCAUAUUCACGAAGCUUUGGGCUAAUGUUUUUCACCUUUAGCUUUCUUUAUGGUUUAGGUGCAUCCAUGAUAUUUACGGCCUCCCUCCUUAUCACGGCAAAGAACUUUCGCAGAUUACAGUAUCUCGCUGUAGGAAUCGUUUCUCUUGGUGGUAGUGUUGGUGUGCUCAUUUUUGGCCCUCUCCAACAGUUCCUGAUAGAUAGAUUUGGCUGGAGAGGCACUUACAGAGUAACAAGUGCCUUGUUCGUCCUUGUGUGCAUCUGUCCAGUCUCGUUUAGUGAACCACGAUCGCAUUAUGAAGACGCAAAUGCGACGACAAAUGAGAAUUGUACAGAUGAAUCUGAUAAGUUGACCAUUCCUGAAGAUCUGAUUACCACAAAAGACGUUAAACGCGCAGAAAGCAUAUAUUUGAAUCAAGUGCAAAAUAGAAAGGAAAGAAGCAAACUUAUUGACCUGUCAGUCUUCAAAGUACCUCGUUUUACUGUCGUAGUAACAAGUCUCACAUUAAUGUGCCUGGGACAUUACACGCCACAGUUGCUUUUGGUGAGUUUGUUUUUCGUAUUCCACGUGCACGCUACGAAUACACUAAACACAGUUAUUUAACGCAGAAGCGAGAAAAAAUUGGUCCGUAUUAAUAUUAUCAGUGUACAGUAGUAAAACAAAACGGGGGAAUAUUCCCCGUUGACGCAACAGGCGUGGCGAAAAAGUUACUGGGGAGCUUAAGCGGCGACGACGACGACAGUGGCGAAAUUGUAUCUUUAAAAGUGAAUUCACGCUGUUUCAAAUUCCAUCGCUCUUAUUCCAUGCCGUUCAACAGACCAUUUUACAGUUGUGAACUUAGUACUCUAACCUUAGAGUGAAUAUGGGGCUGAGGUUUACCUUGUUUUGACAAACAUUCUUUGCUUUGUUAUGGAAAUUGUCCUCGAAAAACUGACUAGUGAGCAUAAGAAUAACUUGAUUUACAUGGAAGGUUUGUAUUAAAACAAAUCAAAACAAGGUUAACUCCAGCCUCGCUUCUAUCCAUAACUGUAAAAUGGCCUAUUUGUCAAAUGCAACGACGGUAAAGAAAUGUAAUAAAAACGUGAUGCACCUGCAAAGUUUUGUUUUGAUAAUCUUAUGACCCUGUUGCUUUUUUCCCGUUCUUGUAGCCGUCGUCGUCGCUGCGGAAAAUCGUUAUUCAAAUAGUAUAGAGUACCGAAGUGAUGACGUCAUAAAAAUGAAAUUUGCGAAAUUAUGGGAUUUGUUAUGAUAUUCUGAAAGAACAACGUCCAAGACGCCUACUCGCCAAAAAUUAGCAAUUCGGGGCAAAUUGUCUCUGAGAUAUUAGCCCAGUUAUGCUGUGACGACUCCAUACAAAUCCUUCUAAAUUUGGCUUGGUUCAUAAGAUUAGGAACCAGGUAAGAUUUAGAAGGAUUUGUAUGGAGUCAUCGGAGCAUAACUGGGCUAAUAUCUCAGAGACAAUUUGCCGCAAAUUACUAAUUUUUGGCGAGUAGGCGUCUUGGACGUUGUUCUUUCAGAAUAUCUUAACAAAUCCCAUAAUUUCACAAAUUUCAUUUUCUGUGACGUCACACUUCGGUACUCUAUUAACAACAGUUGACAAGUUUUAUCUUACGGUGACAUAAACAACAUGUAUGAGUCAAAACGUUUUUCUUUUCGUUCACAGGUUAAAUACUGCCUCGAGUUGGGCAUUUCCGCUGACUCGGCAUCCACGCUUUUUAUCUUUAUCGGUUUAGCGUCAUCAUUUUCUCGUGUAGUCACGGGAAGAAUGUGUGACAUUUCUUGGAUAAACACUAUUUUUGUUUACCAGUUUGGUAAUCUGCUUGUAGGCCUAAUUACCAUUUGUCUCCUACUGAUUAGAGACUACACAGGAAUGGUUAUAUUUGCAAUAGUAUAUGGAGUCGGUGACGGCAUUUUUAUCACAACAAUGAACUCCCUUCUCAUGUUCACGGUUGACGAGAAGCGCAGAGCAUCCGCCUUAGGACUUGGAAAUUUUUUAUUGUCUUUGGGCAUUGCCGGAGGGCCUCCUUUGGCCGGUGAGAAUAUUUUUUUAAUCCGAGACAUUCUUUCAUUUAAAUCUGUGUUUUAGGUCGGGUCGAAUUCCGCCGCUCUCUCGAGUCCGGGGCCCGUUUCUCCAAAGACCCGGGAACCUUUCGGGCCUGAAGGAAAAUUGGAAAGUCAAAACCCGUACGCGAAUAGUAGCACAAUAACUAGCUUGCAAACCAGUCAAUUCUGCUACUUAACUGAUAGUUAAGUUUCAUUGUAUCGUAGUUAAUAUUGUUGAAACUUUUGUUUUGAAUUCAAACAAGGCACGCAUAAAACAAUUUUUCUUGCCCGAAAAGUUACCUGAACUUUUGAGUAGCCUGGAAAAAAAAAACAGCCAACAUUUCGCGGUGCCACCACUGAUAUCCCCCAGAACGGACGUCUGAGAGACGACCGUAGAAAUUCCAUACUGAUCACGUGUCACUACCCAGAUCUGGGUAGCGCUUCCGAUUGGUCGAGGCAAAUUUCCCACGCAGCACGACCAAUCAGAAGCACUACCCAGAUCAAGGUAGUGUCAAAUCUAAAGGUCGCUAAUGUAACGUUGAAGUACUCUACUGACAAUCCCAUAUAAAUCAGUAAAGCUCUCUCCGCCGGCCUAGUUUCGAAUUUUUAUAAGCCGCCAUUAUACCUCCCACUAAAUUAAGCAGCACGACACUUUCUUUACCAGCUAAUUCCUUUAUUAAGUUAUUGUUAACUACAUGUCUUGGUUAGCUAAAUUUCAUGUAAAAUGGUUUCGAUUUCCACAUCAUUUUUUGCAGGAUUCUUAGCCGACAAGUUCAAUUGCUAUAGGUGGUCAUUCAUAGUGGCUGGAAUUUUGAUGCAAUGUGCAGGGAUUCUUCCUUUCGUCCUCGUGUGGCUCAAAAAAGAAGAAUACAGACAUUCAGUUGCAAUACACAUCAGUGAACCUGCACUGAACGAGAAACCUUAA